UCUUGGUUGUGUCUCAUCCCAUGUCUUAUCAAUCAUUGUGAUGUGAUAACGCCUUCCAAAUUUUACAGACUAAAUUUUUUUAAAUUGGAGCUGACUCUAUUGAUACCGGUCCAUUGAAAGAUUUUUCCGCCCAUUCCAUUUAGUCUAGUUGUAUGGAGGUGUGACAUAUAUGAGUUUUAGUCUUGUGCAAUUUACAAUUAUUUAAAUCCGUUUUAUUUACAUUUCAACAAUCCAAGGGAGAACUCGCAAAUUUCUUUCAAGGAAAGCCUACACAUCUAGUAUUCUAGUAUUGCCCGGUUUGACUAAUGAAUAUGUGUAGUUAAUUAUCUACUGCGUGCUGCAUUAAUGAGUUUCCUCUAACCGCUCCUGUCUGUUUCUCCACGUUUGGUUGUUCCUCUAACCAUGUUUUCUCAAGUUAAAGCAAUCAUACUGCUUCCAAAGCAACCAAAGCCAUUACAAGAAAUUUUCAAACUACACAAGCGAAAAAUGUCCUCUGCAGCAACUGCAACAGAACCUGAAGUACCUGACGAUGUUCUGUUUGAGAGCACAGAUGUUUUUGGAGUUGCUACGUUAAAUAGACCCAAAGCUUUAAAUGCCCUUAAUUUGUCUAUGGUAACUAAAUUGACUCGAAAAUUAGAGGAAUGGGAAAAGACUAAACAGUUUGUCAUUGUAAAAGGUGCAGGAGAAAAGGCUUUUUGUGCUGGUGGUGACGUAAGGUAUGCAACAGCAUUAGAACCAAGCCAAAACAGCCGAGGAAAAACCUUUUUUCGGAAUGAGUAUAUCAUGAAUAAUUUGAUAGGAACCUAUUCAAUACCAUACAUUGCUUUAAUUGAUGGUAUAACUAUGGGUGGUGGGGUUGGAAUAUCGGUUCAUGGGCAUUAUAGGAUUGCAACUGAGAAAACUUUGUUUGCCAUGCCGGAAACCGCAAUCGGACUUUUUCCUGAUGUUGGUGGCUCCUACUUCUUGCCUCGCUUGAUUGGUAAACUAGGUCUUUACCUUGGACUAAGUGGUCAUCAGUUGAAAGGUUCUGACGUAAUGAAAGCUGGAAUUGCUACUCACUACAUUGAAAGCUCAAAGUUACCUAAGCUCUAUGAAGAAUUGACUAACUCUACAACAGCAGAUAAUUUAGACUCUGUUAUCAUAAAACACACAGAUCUGAUGCACAGUCAACCCUUCUCGCUUCUACCUCUCAGAUCUAAAAUAGACCAUUGUUUCUCGGGUAACACUAUUGAGGAAAUUGUUCAAAGACUGAAAGAAGAUAAAUCUGACUGGGCGAAUAAUACGCUUGAAAAUUUGAAGAAAAUGUCUCCUCUCUCACUAAAAAUCACCAAGCGAGCAAAUGAUUUUGGCUCCAAACAAAGCUUGCAAGACUGUCUGAAGAUGGAAAACAGGCUAGCAGCAGCUGCUAUUGAAACACGCGUUUCUAAAGACUUUUACGAAGGUGUUCGAGCUUUGUUAGUGGAUAAAGACAAAAACCCAAAAUGGAAUCCAAAAACACUGGAAGAAAUAUCAGAUGACACCGUCAAUAAAUGUUUCGGACCAUUGGAGCACAUUGAGGAAGAAAUAUCUUACUUAAGGUCUCGUAAGAAAUGAUCCCAGUUCUUCGAUGUUCCGGAGAUUUUCUUUUCAAAGCAGCCAAUGAUGGAGGCCUAAAAUUAAAGGUAGAUAUGAAUUAAAAAUACAAAUGUCUUCCAAAUGCUAGAGAACAGAACAGAUCCGGUAAUAACAUGGAUGGCAAAUCAAGAUUAAAUCAGCCCCUGCAUUUAGAUGUAGGUUUUGACUUUUCAGAUCAUUUUAGUCUAUUUGGUUAAAGUACCUGUCAUUAAGUGAAGCGCUCGGGUAAUUUGUAGCAAUAGAAAUUUUUUAUCACAUUUUUAACAUUUAAGUGAUUUUUACAAAUUUCUAAGUAAUUGGCAGAGUUUGCCCCUCUUUUUGUUAAGUUCACCAUGGAGUACAUUUCAUUUGUAAACUGUUACACAUUUUAUCAUUACGGAUCUAAUAUUAUCUUUCUAUGAUUUUUUUUAGCUGAAACUUUCUUUCUUUGUAAAGCUGAGAAUCAACCGUAAAAUUUGUCCACUGCUCUUUUCCAUGAGAUCUCUUCUAUACCUACCUAUUUUAGCCAAAGGAGAAGUUUAAGGUACUGUUCCUUAGGCGCAGGUGCACUAGUCAGUUACCAAUGAUGGCGUGACAAUCAGACAAAGGAACUAGGUUGUAUUUCCUUUGACAGAUUAUUGUGCCAUCUUCGACAAAUUUGAGUGUCUUUGAUACCGUAUCGUAGGCAAUCAAGGAAAUUGUUCCUUCAAAACGUAACUUCGGUUUGAUAUUGGAUGAAAUUUCUUAAAAGAAAUUCUGAAGAAAAAGAAAUUUCGGAGAAAAAAGAAUUCCCCGAAAUUGCUUAAUAAGAAAGGGUAUGUUUCUGUAGUGAUUGAAAAAAUGAUUGGUAAAGAUUGGUGUUGAAGCUUUGGUUGCUUUUUGUAUGAUUUAUUUACUGAAUUUUAGUCUAUUGAAAUGAAUACUUUUUAAAGUGAUGCAAGCAUAUCUGAUUCGGGAACUGCUUGAUUUUCCAAUAUGGCACUUUUCAAACCUGCUGAGCAUUUACUUUUAAAUGAUUUGUGGUUACCUCUGCAGGAUUUUAUUUUCACUUGCUUCAAAAAUAAUGAAUUUAAUCCUUACCAUAAAUGCAUUAAUGGCUUAUGAGCAGACUUUCGUUUCCCAAAAUUUUAUGUGGCUUUUUGAACAGGACUUUUAUUUAUAAGUAUGAAUAAUUUUAACAAUACUAAUCUUGUAGCACUCCUUUUUCGAUUCUACACCCUCACUCAAGUAUUGAACACGAAGUCAGCUUUUCUUUGUACGCUCUUUGAGUGGUGUUAUUUAACACUUAAUAUGAGUAAAUGCUACUUUUGAUAACAGAAUUAUGUCAACAAAAACUGCGUUCAUCCGUAAAGAGUUAUGUAAAGCCAGACCAUUUCAGAGAGCAACUUAUCAGACUGUUCUCCAGUGGCCCAUCAUUUACAAAAUUUAAGCCAUUAACUUUGGUUUCAGUAUGGUGUAAAAUGGAUAAGCCAUUAGAGAUCCUUGAGAAUGGAAACUUAAUUAACGAAUGGAGAAGGAGCAGUUUUUGUAAUUUUCAAGCACUCAUUUAAAGUUAUGGUAUGAGUUAGUGGAUUGGGUUUAUUAGUUAAAGGCCAAACUCGACUAAUUGCUACAGAGGGCUGUACAGCUGUCCAUCCUCCAUCAAUUUAUGUAUUUAGCAAAGUUUGCUGCACUGAGCUUAAGUAUGAAGCAUUUGAAGUACAACAUUAUUAUUGGAAUGAAUUAUCAAUACUCAGCUUCAAAAUGAUACUCUCACUUGCUUAUAAUGUAAAGUUUUGAAUUUAACAAAAUUUGCGAUAUUUCAGAAAUAUGUUUUUUCCAUUUUCUUUGGUUACCAAUAAAACUAGGAAUUAUUUGUUAGCCUUUCCUUCUCUGUUCAAAGUACCUGCCUUUUUUUCUCUUCGAUAAUAAAAAUUGAGCCUUCAAGUAAAUUUUUUUUAGGUUAAGGUAGGGUAACCUAGAAUAAAAGCGGCUACUCGCAUUCCUAUGGAGAAGCGAUCAAUCAAUAAUAAAUAAAAAAUGAAGUAUUCAUGGAGUUCAUUCUGGGAUUGCUGCAAAACAAUCCAUUGGAGCUGCGUAGUCAAUUUUCUGAUAGGUUAUGCAAUUUGAAGUAUGCAGAAACAAAUAUGUGAGCAAAGCACUGGAGACUAUAUUGUCCAUUCAAUUACAUGCGAUUAUGGACAAUCAAGAGGAGCAGAUGGUCUAUUUUUGGCCGUGCGAGUAACCCUUCAUUGUUAUAGGUUAUCCUAGUGGAGGGUAAAGGAGAAAUGUAUGUAUCAGCAUUGUCUUUCUCUCAUUGAUGGGCUUAAGCACAUGCAUUCUUAGGUAAUGAAAAAAAAUCGAAAUAUUGUUUCAUCCGCAUACUUUUAAGUUUGUCAUCUUUGCAGAUCUGAAAUGUGCUUGAUUAUCAGUUUUUUAUUAACUUUUUUGUGGACUUAGUACAAAUCAUUUUGUUGCAUAAAUAAUAAGAUUUUGCAAUUUUAUAUCACUCGUUUGAAGAAUCAUUUUUUGUGAUGUAUGCUUUUGUUUCAUAAAAUAAAAGACACCAAUUUUAA